UACCAGAGUUGAAAAUUAUCUAAACGCUAACAACAAUUUAAAACACUAUCGCCGAACACGACGUAAGCAGAGUAAAACGCCACCAUUGGGAGCACCACACAGUCCUGUCGCGACAUUUGGCGGUUAACAGAUUCCGCCAUUCUCUAUCCCCCGCCCUCUCCUCUCUCACUUUCUCAACCUAUCUCUCGUCUCUUCAUCACUGUGCUUAAUUCCCAAUUCUUACCACUAUUUAUAAUCUUAGCUUCAGAUUAUAAAGGAGUACUCAUAUCAAAAUUAUUAUGGAAAAUUACAACAAUUCUUUCUCAAAGAUCAAUAAUCUCAACUGCAUCGAUCUUUCAAACCCUGAUAUCCACCAUUCUGUAUCUCUCCUUAAACAGGCAUGUUUGGAUUGUGGGUUUUUCUAUGUAAUAAAUCAUGGGAUGAGCGAAGAAUUCAUGGAUGAAGUUUUUGCACAAAGCAAGCAGUUUUUUGAAUUGCCAAUAAGUGAAAAAAUGAAGCUUUUGAGAAACGAAAAGCAUCGAGGAUAUACACCAAUUCUUGACGAGCUUUUAGAUCCUGAACAUCAACUUCAAGCUGUAGGAGAUUACAAGGAGGGGUAUUAUAUUGGUGUUGAAGUACCUGAGGAUGAUCCUGAGGCAGAUAAGCCAUUUUAUGGGCCCAAUGUUUGGCCAGCUCCGGAUCUCUUGCCUGGUUGGAGGCAAACUAUGGAGAAAUAUCAUGAGCAAGCACUGGAGGUAGCAAGGAGUGUAGCAAAGAUUAUAGCUCUUGCACUUGACCUGGACGCAGAUUUUUUUACUAAGCCAGAGAUGCUGGGGAAACCUAUUGCAACCUUACGCCUAUUGUACUAUGAAGGUCAAGUUUCUGAUCCAUCAAAAGGAAUAUAUGGAGCUGGUGCACAUUCUGACUAUGGUCUGAUUACACUCUUGGCUACAGAUGAUGUAGUUGGUCUGCAAAUAUGCAAGGAUAAAGAUGCCAAGCCACAGGUAUGGGAAGAUGUACCGCCUGUUAAAGGGGCGUUCAUUGUGAAUCUCGGUGAUAUGCUGGAGCGCUGGAGCAACUGUGUUUUUAAAUCCACCUUGCACAGGGUUAUAGGGAAUGGUCAACGCAGAUACUCUAUAGCCUAUUUUGUUGAGCCGAGUCAUGAAUGUCUUGUUGAAUGCUUGCCAACAUGCAAAUCAGAAACUAACCCUCCCAAGUUUCCUCCAGUUCGAUGUGAUACAUAUCUUUCCCAGCGCUACAAGGACACUCAUACUGAUCUAAGCACAUACAAGUAACUUCAUUUUGGCCACACACAACAAGAGUUUGAUAUGGGAGUGUUUCGCAUGUAGAAUAUUUUCAAUCUAGCUAGCAAAGAUAGAUGUUAUGUUCAUCACUUUAAAAAUGAUAUUAUCACUGCUCAAGUACUGAUAAGCACAGAAUCUGGGUUACGCGUCAAGAUAUUCUUACUAGUUUCAUUUUAAAUUACCAUUUAUUGUACUUCUAUCAUCCAUUUGCCUGUAAUCAAACCACAAAUCUCAGUUUAUACUUUAUAUUAUUCAUAAAAAGCUUACUACGGAUUAGUUGUUUA